AUGUUGGCCACACCCGGAGUCAUCAGCCGAGGACCGGAAGUCCCGCACACUCGCCCUCAUCUCCUCGCCGGUAGCAUUGUGCCUGAGCCCUCGUCCCCUCUUAAAGACAGCAAUGUUGCAGCCUAUGAGCCUCUCAUUCCGCCUGCACUUCUGCUUCACGAGUUUCCCGUCACCCCGGCCUCUCGACGCACGAUCGAGUCAGCCCGACAGGGAGCAGCGCGGAUCAUCCAACGGAACGGCGACGACCGGUUACUGGUCAUCGUGGGGCCCUGCUCCAUACAUGAUACCGACGUGGCACGCGACUACGCUGUCCGCCUGCAGGCCGCCAUUCAGGAGCACGGAUGGGACAAGGAUCUUCUGAUCGUCAUGCGUGCCUACCUUGAAAAACCGCGGACUACGGUGGGCUGGAAAGGCUUUCUCUACGAUCCGAAUAUCGACUCCACCAACCAGGUCAACAUGGGAUUGAAGGUUGCCCGUAAAUUGCUGCUCGACAUCACUGCUCUCGGUCUCCCUGUGGCCUGCGAGGUGCUCGACACCAUCUCUCCGCAGUUUCUGGCCGAUCUGUACUCCUGGGGUGCAGUAGGGGCGCGCACGACAGAGUCGCAGGUCCACCGGCAGUUAGUCUCGGGCCUGUCAUUUCCCAUUGGCUUUAAGAAUGGGUCCUCGGGUAAUAUCACCAACGCAUGCGAUGCGAUGAAGAGCGCCUCCUCUCCUCACUCAUUCUUAGGUGUCACCGAACAAGGUCUUGCAGCCAUCGUCCACACGAAAGGAAAUCCUCAUCUUCACGUUAUCCACCGUGGAGGAGACAGCGGCCCCAACUUCGACGCUGCGUCUGUCGCGUCCACAAUCAAGGCUUACCCGAAGAAUCUCCAACCGAGUAUCAUGAUCGAUGCGUCGCACGGCAACAGCCAAAAGGAUUACCGUAACCAGCCCAAGGUGAUCGAUGCAGUUGCCUCCCAGAUCGCUGCUGGGGAGCCUGCCAUUACCGGAGUCAUGAUUGAGAGUAAUAUCAACGAGGGUAAGCAGGCUGCGCCACAGUCGGAGGACGAGGUGCAGAAGCUCAAGUAUGGUGUCUCCAUCACGGAUGGAUGUGUUGGUUUUGAGACUACAGUGAAGAUGCUCGAGACGCUCAGCCAGGUACGUGAGACAGUCCUCUACAAAGAUUGA